UUUCGGGCUGAAAAGGGAUGUAAACAAAACCAGUGAGCGAUUAAACGACGUUACUUUCGAAUUUUUUUUUCCCAGUAGAAGAAGCUCCAUAUGUGACAGCAGCUGAACGCGUGUGUCAAGUUAUUAUUAAGGUUUGAAUCAACAGUGGUUGUUCACUCUCACUGUGUAACGUUCACUGUCAGAGAAGAAUUUAGAUUUCUUUCUGACGUGAACCUGCAGCGUUGAACGAAAUUCAACAAGGUACCAGCACUGUUGUGUGAUGGACCCAUCUGACAGCGUGGGGAACCUCAACCACAUGAUGGAGGGUGUAGGACUGGAUAAUGGUUCCGCUUCCGAGGGCUCCCCCAGACAGAAGGAUACUUCGUCUGCAGACAUGCUGAGAAUAAAACAGCAGAUGUCUAACCAGUGCUUUGAAAUGGCGGUACAGCUCAGUGCAGGAAAAAGUAAGAGAUCCUGCAGCAUAUCUGAAGCUGAGAGAGACCUGACAGAUUAUGUCAGUGAGCUGGAACAAGUCAAGACUAUUAAUUUUAACAGCACACUGGCACUGCACAGAAUGCAGAUGUGGCAUGCUAUUGGAGAAAAACUGAAACAGAAUGAUUCAGAGGCAGAUGCCCUGAAAGCUGUGAGCGAACGCUGCAUGGCUCUUUGUUCACACAUCAAACAAUUUCAGCAAGAGUCAAGAGAUCUUCAAGAUGAAAUCACAGAAAUACAGAAGAAGAGGCUUGGGAUGAAGCGGCUCACACAUGAGAAAAUGAAAGAGAUGGAAGAACUGAUGUCCAAGAAAAAGCACCCAGAUACAGAGAAGUACAAAGCUGCGUUGGAAAAAGGCCGGGCGAACCUAGAGAAAUAUAAAAAGAUGGCCGUCAUGACACAGAACGUCCUCAGGGGCAUCCUCUUGGCCUGUAAAAUCAACUGGCUGGACGAUCCGAACCUUCGAGACAUCUGCAUGACACUGGAGGAACUUCCCAUAUCCGACUAGAGAACGCAUACAUUCAUUUUAUAUUUAUGUUUUUGUAUUGUAUUGUCCAAUAAACGAUCCACACAACAGUUCAAAA